AUGGCAUUUAUUUUCGAUUCCUCUCAUUACCAAUCAUCAGAUUUAAUUCAUGACUUUAACUGUUCUCCCUGUGAAGAAGGCGGACUUAACUCUGAGGCUCAGUACUUUUGUGUAGACUGUUCAAAGUACUACUGCUCGCGGUGCGAGUCCAAACAUGGCGGUCUGUUUAAGCGGCACAAAUUACUCGACCGGCAGGACGUGAACAAAUGGGCGGUGGUGCCUGGGACAGUCGAGGACGAUAUUGAAAGAUGCGAGCACCAUCCCGGGAAAAAAGUGGAGCUAUUCUGCGGGGACCACCGAGAGCUGUGUUGCCAAAUAUGCGUCUCCAUUUUUCACAGACAAUGUUCGGUGAUACAACAUAUACCAGACGUAGCGAAUGGUUUUUAUGACAAACCAGAAUACAAACGGCUUUCACAACAAAUCGCAAACAUCCAAUCAAAAAUCAAGAAGCUGCAAGAGUCCCGCAAGAAAACUCAACAAUGCAUACGGGAUUCCCGUGCACACAUCCUUUCAGAGAUCAGAGCUUUGCGAAGAAUGUUCGAACAAGUUCUUGAUCAAUUGGAGGAAGACACAAUCAAUGAGUUAGACGUUAGGGUAGCAACAUUUCAGGAGCAAAUAAAGAAAGACAUUGAUCAGUCCGAACAGAUGAACAAAGACAUUAAAUCUCUUGCAGAUAACAUGACGAAGAAUAAAACAAACGAUUCUUUGGUCUGCGUAGGAUAUUCAAGAUGCCAGAAAUUAGUUACACAAACUAAUGAUUUCAUCAGAGAUACCGCAACCAAACACGAAGUGGAGUUGGCGUUUGUGCUUAAUACAAAGCUGUAUGACCUUCUUGAUUCUUUAAUGUCUGUGGAACGGUUUGGAAAAAUAAUUAAUGCAUCCCAUGUUUUCAAAGUUGAAAAUGCGACACAAUUCAAUGCAGCACUAAGAACUGACAAAGAAAACUCAAACAUAAGCGGAAUAUGUGAACUACUUAGUGGAGAGCUCGUUCUCGUUGACAAUUACAAUUGCCGUAUAAAGCUCCUGAACCAGUCCUAUCAGAUUGUCGAUCACUGCGACGUUCCAACUCAUCCACUAGAUGUAUGUCACAUUGCGGGCAAUGAGCUGGCGGUUUCCGUCAACUCUGAUAAAAAGACUAGACAUGAAGUUCGCUUUUUCAACGUUAUGAAUUUGAAGUUACAACAGACAAGAAAGUUAACGUUCAAUCAUACAAUACGACAAAUAGUUCAUUAUUCAGGGCGUCUGUUUAUCACAUCUGACACUGCACUUUACUCUUACGACAAGGUUGGCCAAAAUGGGGGAACGCUGUUUGAGGACAAAGCGGAUAAGCUCAGUGUUUACACUUGUGCUGUAAGCUGUGAUGGCAGUAAAAUCUACAUCGCAAAUGUCUCCAAAGACCAACUUCUUACCUUGGAUAGAGAAGGAAAUAAACUAGCAACGCUCAGCGAUCCCAAUAUGAAAGGUCCACGCGCUGUACACGUGUCACCUCUAGGUCACGUUUUUGUCUGCUCUUAUAUCUCAAACACCGUAGUACAAGUGGACAGGGAAGGAAAGAGGAAGCUGGCUACACUGGCUACACAGGCUGAUGGAUUGGUGAAACCAAAAUCACUGUGUUACAGUAGCCAUUCAUCCAGCCUUAUUAUUGGGCAAUAUGAAACUAACAAUGGUGUUGUGAUAAAGGUGAUAUAA